AUGAUUUGCCCGUUUAGCCUGGACACUUUACCAAGCCCUCGCAUUCUUAAGAGUCAUCUUCCGCUUAACAGCAUUCCGAAAAGUGAUAACAAGGAAAUGCAGUGCAAAUAUAUUUACGUGGCCCGCAACCCCAAAGACAUUGCAGUAUCGUAUUUUCAUUUCACGGAGCAUAGGCGAAAAGCGGGUAAUGGUUUCAGUGGGCCAUGGGAAUUUUAUGCCAAGUUAUUCAUAGAAGGAAAUGGUGAGUUGUCUUAAUGAGAUGUCUCCGUACUUAUCGAGGGCCUUUUCUGUAAUUGAAAUGCAGAAUAUUAACAUUAAAUUUUUUCAUGUUGCAAGAUCUCGUUACCCAUCGAGCGUGCGCACUUUAAAAGGCUUUUUCACGUGGGCGUCGAUAAAACCAGGAACAUGGAACAUACCGGAACAUGCCGGAACAUUCCGAAACAUCCCGGAACAUGAAAAAAUUAAAAUAUUUUUUUAUGAAAAAAUAAUUAAUUAAUUAAAUAAUAAUAAUAAUAAUAAUAAUAAUAAUAAUAAUAAUAAAAAGAACAAUAGAUAGAAAACAAUUUUUGCAAAAAUUUAUAGUAACAAAAUAAAUAACAUAACAUAACAUAACAUAAAAACGAAAAAGAAAGAAAGAAAAAGAAACUGGUAUCAUCUCCGAGUAUGAGAAAACAAUGUUUUGUCGCAAUGAAUUUUUUGGGCGAGUGAGGGUCCAUUCAAAUGACAGUUAUGAGUGAAGGCUUGCUUCUAAAUUCAAAAUAUAUUAAAAUGGGUCGCGAGUAGGGGGUUUUCAAGCUUUCCUCACACAGCCACCUCUUGUAAAUAUUUGCCAUGCGGUUUAAGGGUUAUCAAUUUACGCCUUUGCGACCGUAAGAAGAGCUUAGGGGCUCGUCGCUUUGGACUUGGAUAAUUAAAUUAAACAUUCACAUUCGCCGCAGAAUAGUUGCAGUGGCAGUGGUAGCGCAGCUGUAGUUUCUAACUGUUAUCAUUCAGCCUGAAUUUUAGUCGUCUCCCCGCAAACUCCUCUUGCGACUCGAGGAGACGUCUGAAAUAUCAUGCUGACUGUAAACAGUAUAGAAACUACUACGAAUGUGAGUAUUACCCACUAAAAUCCAAAGACAGGAGCCCCUAUGCUCUUCUUAAGUUUACAGAGCCGCCUAGUCUGUAAGUAAUUCAUGUCAACCUCAAGUGAAGCAAAGCACCUCAAGUCAGCAAAUGUCGGUUAUAUACUAGGAGACUAUAUGUUGGCUUGACAUGAGUUACUUACCGACUUGGCUUGACAUGAAAUACUGCACUGACAUUUCAGACCAUCGCAGAACCGUAAAUGGAUAACCGCCAAAUGAUUAACUCAUGGCAAACAAUUACCAGAGGUGGUUGUGUGAGGAAAGCUUGAAAACCCCCUCCUCGCGACCCAUUUUCUUGAUUAUUUCAUUAUUUCUCGUUUUUUUUUUGUUAUUUUACGUUCUUAUUAAUUUUUACAAAAAUUAUUUUAUUAUUAUUAUUUUAUAACAUUUUUUUUUAUGAAAAAUAUUUUAAUUUUUUCAUGUUCCGGGAUGUUCCGGGAUGUUCCGGAAUGUUCCGGAAUGUUCCGGGAUGUUCCAUGUUCCGGGUUUUAUCGACGUCCCGCAAACAUACUCCAGCCAGUUGUUCAAAAGGUGGUAGCGCUAUCCGAUGGAUAGAUCUUUAUCCAGUGGCCGUAACGCAAUUGGUUUCCCUAAUAACAAUACUUAUCCGCUGGAUACUGAUUUAUCAGGUGGAUAGCGCUAUCCAACGUUUGAACAACCGGGGCCAGGAGCUUAUUUCUGUUGCUCAUGACACAGGCGAAGUCAAAGGCGGUCGAGGAUGACAAUUUUUGACAGAUCCCUUUUUUGCUUUAAGGGGAACAAAAACAAUGUCCAUUGGUUGGGUUUCACCUUGGAACCCUUCCAUGCCGUUAGGCUGUUGAAAAUAACGCAGCUGUCUAAUGACUUGCUUUACUGUAUUUUAUGGAACGUCACAUUCUUUGGUUGUUUACCCAGCCUCCUCCUCAGGUGCUUCGUUUUUCUCAUCGUAGAGGUGAGCGCGAAAAGCGAGAGGCUGGUGAUGAACCGCAAGGGACCAUGGGAAGGGUACAGCCGGUAGUCUCGCCCGUUGUCUCCUUCCCGCCUUCCUUUGUGCGCACAUUUUCAUCGAGAGAGAGACGUCUGGGUACGAGGCAGUUGUUUACCGGUAAUUUUUUGUUGAAUAGUGUGUUGGAACGCUUGGAAUGACCAUGUUCUUGGCUGGUGGAAACACAGAGACGAUCCUAAUAUCUUGUUUCUCAAAUAUGAAGAUUUACACAAGGUACUAUGCAGCAGCAGCAAAUGA